GCGAGGCUUGCUAAGGCGAGGCGGCGGCCGGGCCGGGCCGGGCCACAGGCAGUGGCGGCGGGACCAUGGAGGCGGCGGCCGCUGCUCCGCGUCCCCGGCUGUUCUUCCUCGUGCUGACGGCGGCGGCGGCGACGCUGGUCCCGGGAGCGACGGCAUUACAGUGUUUCUGCCACCUUUGCACAAAAGACAAUUUUACUUGUGUCACAGAUGGGCUGUGCUUUGUCUCUGUCACGGAGACCACAGACAAAAUUAUACAUAAUAGCAUGUGUAUAGCUGAAAUCGACCUAAUUCCUCGAGACUGGCCAUUUGUAUGUGCACCAUCUUCAAAAACUGGGUCCGUUACUACAACAUAUUGCUGCAAUCAGGACCACUGCAAUAAAAUAGAACUGCCAACGGUUGGAAAGACUUCACCUGGCCUUGGUCCUGUUGAACUGGCAGCUGUCAUCGCUGGACCAGUCUGCUUCGUCUGCAUCUUACUCAUGUUGAUGGUCUAUAUCUGCCAUAACCGCACUGUCAUUCAUCAUCGCGUGCCAAAUGAAGAAGAUCCUUCAUUAGAUCGCCCUUUUAUUUCCGAGGGUACUACGUUAAAAGAUUUAAUUUAUGAUAUGACAACAUCAGGUUCUGGAUCAGGUUUACCAUUGCUUGUUCAGAGAACAAUUGCGAGAACUAUUGUGUUACAAGAAAGUAUUGGGAAAGGUCGAUUUGGAGAAGUUUGGCGAGGAAAGUGGAGAGAAGAAGUUGCUGUUAAAAUAUUCUCCUCCAGAGAAGAACGUUCAUGGUUCCGUGAGGCAGAGAUUUAUCAAACCGUAAUGUUACGUCAUGAAAACAUUUUGGGAUUUAUAGCAGCAGACAAUAAAGACAAUGGUACAUGGACUCAGCUCUGGUUGGUGUCAGAUUAUCAUGAGCAUGGAUCCCUUUUUGAUUAUUUGAACAGAUACACAGUUACUGUGGAAGGAAUGAUAAAACUUGCUCUGUCCACAGCAAGUGGACUUGCUCAUCUUCACAUGGAGAUUGUUGGAACCCAAGGAAAACCAGCCAUUGCUCAUAGAGAUUUGAAAUCAAAGAAUAUCUUGGUAAAGAAAAAUGGAACUUGCUGCAUUGCAGACUUGGGACUGGCAGUAAGACAUGAUUCAGCCACAGAUACAAUUGAUAUUGCUCCAAACCACAGAGUGGGAACAAAAAGGUACAUGGCCCCUGAAGUUCUAGAUGAUUCCAUAAAUAUGAAACACUUUGAAUCCUUCAAACGUGCCGACAUCUAUGCAAUGGGAUUAGUAUUCUGGGAAAUAGCUCGACGAUGUUCCAUUGGUGGAAUUCAUGAGGAUUACCAGCUGCCUUAUUAUGAUCUUGUACCUUCUGAUCCAUUAGUUGAAGAAAUGAGAAAAGUUGUUUGUGAACAGAAGUUAAGGCCAAAUAUUCCAAACAGAUGGCAGAGCUGUGAAGCCUUGAGAGUAAUGGCUAAAAUUAUGAGAGAGUGUUGGUAUGCCAAUGGAGCAGCGAGGCUUACAGCUUUGCGGAUCAAGAAAACAUUGUCACAACUCAGUCAACAGGAAGGCAUCAAAAUGUAAUUCUGCGGCUUUGCCUGAACUCCACAUUUUCUUCAGAUCUGCUCCUGGGUUUUAAUUUGGGAGGUCAGUUGUUCUACCUCAACUGAGAGGGAACAGAAGGAUAUUUCUUCCUUUUGCAACUGUAAUAAGGUCAAUGAAAAACUUCCCAGGAUUUCUUUGGACCCAGGAAACAGCCACGUGGGUCCUUUCUGUGCACUAUGGACGCUUCUUUCCCAGGUCGGUUACAAAAUGUUGUGUAGUCUACCUUUAUUUUUUAUUAAUACGAAACUUUUUCUUUUAAAGAUGAUUGCUGGUCUUAACUUUAGGUAACUGCUGUGCUGAAGAUCAUCUUUAAGGGUAAAGGAGCUGGAUGCUGAAUUAAUACGGAACAUUUCUUAUUUUUAAAGAAAGUGAUUUACUCCUGGUUAGUACAUUCUCAGAGGAUUCUGAACCACUAAAGAGUUUUCUUGAUUCAGACUUUGAAUGUACUGUUCUAUAAUUUUCAGGAUCUUAAAACUAACACUUAUAAAACUCUUAUCUUGAGUCUAAAAAUGACCUCAUACGGUAGUGAGGAACAUAAUUUAUGCAAUUGUAUUUUGUAUACUAUUAUUGUUCUUUCACAUAUUUAGAACAUUACAUGCCUUCAAAAUGGGAUUGUACUAUACCAGUAAGUGCCACUCCUGUGUCUUUCUAAUGGAAAUGAGUAGAAUUGCUUAAAGUCUGUGUGUGUUAAAACUUGUAGUGUUUCAAUUCAAAGGGUUUUAUUUAUCUGGGUAACCCAGACCUUUUCUGUUUCGUUUUUUGGAAGAGUUUUGUGGUAUGUCAUUUGGUAUUCCAUUUUCAAAAUGCCUUUCUCCUACCAGAAUGUGCUUAAACCACUAAAGAAAUGAAGUGGCAUUAAUUGGUCAAUUGUUAUCAUGGUCUUGUUUGAAUAGUCUCACAUCAAGCUUUUACAUUUUAGUUGUGUUGUCUGAGUCUACUUUCAAAAAACAUCAAGUGGCACUCUAGAUGCUUACAGUACUUUAAUAAUUUAAAAUUUGUAGCAUACAGACUAAUUUUUCUUAAAAGGGAAAAUUAGUCUAGCUGCUUGUGAAAAGUUGUGUGGCGUUCUGUAAGCCAUUUUGUUUAUCUGAUCAAAGACAGUGUUAUUUUUUUAAGAAAUGAAUUACAUUUAAAAUUAGCUUAUGGUUGAUGUUAAAUAAUAGGCUUUUUUCUAGGAAGUUAGGGGUAGGUAAUAAUUUGAGUAGGUCACAGGUAUGUGCGAGUCAUAUUUGUUGUGUAGGAGUCAUUGGUGGAUUUUCUGUCUUUGUAACUAAAGUUAGAGUUAGUGUGGUUUUGUGGUCUCACUACACUUUGAGGAAGGCAGCUUUUAAUUCAGUCUUUCCGUCUGUGCAGAUGUUUUAACUGCUUCAUUUACAUGGUUAUGUAAUGAAUUCACUGCACUCUUGAUAUUUGGAAGAGUGGUAGCUACAGCAUAUUCUGAGUAUAGGUUCUCCAUUUGCAGAUGUUUUGGGUCAAAUUAAAUGUUUAAAGCAAACUUGUCGUGGUCUUCUCACAUCAACUUGAAGCUGGCGUAUAAUAACUGGAUUUUACUUCCAGUGCUAAAAGUCUUUGCAGGACUUUUACAAUUUUCAAAGUUCUAUUUAUCACUGUGAUCUUAUUCUGAGGGGGAGGGAAACUAUCCUAGCUGUGAGGCAAGACGCUGCCUUUAUAGUGCUAUUGAUUUCCCAAUGAAAAGGUCAGAAUAACUUUUACAGUAUUUUGGUCAGUAAGAGGUAGUGGCCAUGUACGCUGACUGAGCUGCAUUCGAGUAGUGUCUUAUCUCGUAUACAUAGAAUAAAUUUGAAAGACUAUUUGGUCUUUAAGCCAAAGUAAUUUUAGAAUGAAUGACAUAUUACAUAGGAAUUUAGUGUCAAUUUCAUGUUCUUAAAAACAUCAUGGGGAAAAUGUGCUUAGAGGUCAAUAUUUUGACUCCAAAUUUGAGUUUUUUCUCUAGUUACCACAAUUUCAUCAAAGCAAAUGAAUGAGUUUGAGAGGUUUGUUUUUAUAAUUGUGUUAUACUUCCAGUUUAAUAAUCUAGCUCUGUGAUCAGGUACUUUUUUUUUUUUCCAUUUCUAAGCCUACCAGAUCUGCUUUAUGAAAGUCAGGGGACCAAUGUAUUUUAUCACUGAAACUAUUUUUAUGUAAUUUUAAGAACAUACCAAAAGUUCUGAUUUAAAGUUGUGAUAUACGAUUUCUCACUUUCAUAUAAGGUAAUCAACUUUUGCUGAAGAUACUCUUAUUAAAUCAAAGAUUGAAUUACAAUUAUACUGUUCUUGCCUAAGUGGAUAAAAUGUACUUUUGAUGAAUCAGGGAAUUUUUUUAAAGUUGGAAUUUAGUUCUAAAUUGGGUUACAUAUUACUGCACCUAAUUCCUUUUUUGACUAAUGAUGGUUUGAUAAACUCCAAUUGGCUAAUACUGAAAAUGAAAGUUAUUUAAAAGAUCAAAUAGAUCAACCACAGAUAAAUUUGACUAGGAUAUUAAUUUUGUUGUUUAGAAACAUGCCUUUGUUUAUACUGCCUGUCUUUACAGGCUCACCUUCCAGUAUUCAACUUGGCUAAAAUAUACCUUCAAGCAAAUUAUUACCUGUUUACAUCCAUUUUGUCAGUAGCCCGGAGGAGUGGGGAUGGGGGAGGUGUGCCCUCGGGGAGCGCAGACAUCCCUGCUCCUUCCUUUAACAACUUCAGCCCUGGUUCUCCCAACCUGACUUCCUGCUGGUCCCUGACUCAGAGGCCACAACCUUGCCACCGCUUGUCCCUUCCACCUCCCCCCAGCAACCUUUUGACUGAAUAGCUGCAAAACGGUUGAUAGAAGUUGUGGGACAUACUUUGCUUUCUUUGUGUCAUUGGAUGUUGCUGGGAGGAGUCUCCAAGUUUGGAGAGAGGGUAGAUGACGGAGCUGCUAUCAGCCUUGGCCAAGAGUGGCAGCUGUGGCAAUGGGCGUUGUGCCAGAAGCAGUGGCCAGUUACAGCCCCUGUUGGACAGAUGAGGCCCAAAGAGCUGAGCCUGUAAUUCUGCUGUAAUGAGAGUGCGCAAGAAGUGCCUUGAGUCGGUGUCCAGUGCCGUGGUCAUCAGGAAGUCCAAAUUUCAGUUCUUACUGCAAAACCUAAAGUGCUCACCUGGCCAUUUUGCAGCUUAUGCAUGAGAGAACCAAAUAUGGAAUCUUCCAUGAGGAGUUUGUUUUCUGACCACAGCAGAUAUGAGACACCUUUCGGAGGUUUCUCAACAAUUCCACGGAACCCCAGUGCAUGCAGGAUUUCAUGGACGAGAAGCUGCCAGG